UUUCUUUUCCUUCUUUUUGUUUCAAAGUUCAGAGCUUGAGAUAGGAGAGGCAUAUUCUAAUUUCUGUGAAGGUGAAGGAAGUAGAGAGAUUGUGAUAAUGAGGCCAGUUUUUUGUGGGAGUUUUGAUUAUGAAACACGGCAAUCUGAUCUUGAACGCUUGUUUUCUAAGUAUGGGACUGUUGAUAGAGUUGACAUGAAAUCUGGGUUUGCUUUCGUUUAUUUUGAUGACGAGCGUGAUGCUGAAGAUGCCAUCCGAAGCCUUGAUAAUACCCCAUUUGGUUACACUAAGCGCAGGCUUUCGGUGGAAUGGUCAAGGCAGGGAGAACGCGGUAAUCGUCGUGAUGGAUCUAAAUCAGCGGCAAACCAGAGGCCUACUAAAACACUGUUUGUGAUAAACUUUGACCCAAUAGAUACAAGGAUCCGAGACAUUGAAAAGCAUUUUGAGCCUUAUGGUAAGGUAUUGCAUGUCAGAAUCCGAAGGAACUUUGCAUUUGUUCAGUUUGAGACACAGGAAGAAGCUACUAAAGCCCUUGAGUGCACUCACAUGAGUAAGAUUUGUGGUAGGGUUGUCUCAGUUGAAUAUGCCCUUAGGGAUGACAGCGAGCGUGGUGGUGAUAGGCGUGAUAGUCCCAGGAGAGGAAGGGAAGAUAGCCGUUCUAGAAGCAGAAGUCCAGUGCGUCGAAGAAGUAGACCAAGUCCUGAUUAUGGACGGGCACACAGUCCAGUCUAUGAUAGAUAUAAGGGACCUUCGAGCAACAGAGAUCGAAGCCCUGACUAUGGGCGAUAUCCAAGCCACUCACCUGUUCGCCGCACAGCCAAUGGCCGCUCACCGGUACGGCACUCGUCUGCUAGUCGCUCACCAGUUCGACGUACUCGUUCACCUGGCGGCUGCUCACCUGUUCGCCGUACUCGUUCACCUGUCCGACGUAAUCGUUCCCCUGUUGGACGCUCACCUGUUCGCCGUACUCGUUCCCCUGUUGGACGCUCACCUGUUCGCCGUUCACCUGCCGGCGGUUCUCCAAAUGGCCGUUCACCAGUUCGCCGUUCUCCUGAUGACUGCUCACCUGUUUGAAGAUCAAGUAGCUGAAGAUAUCAGCAUUGGAGGAUACGCUUUUAGCAGUUGUUGCAUUAGUAGUGGUGGUAGUUUCAAGUUUCGACUUUAUUUUGUUAAUGUCACUCUUGAGUGUCAGUUUAGAAGGAACUGGAUGAAAAAGUAGUAGUUCUGGAGUCUGAACUUGGUGCUUUCAUUUUGAAGUAAAUUAUUGAAAAAUGUUGCCUUCUUUAUUGAGGUUGUUUAAUGAAUGCAACAUCCUGUUGAGUGCAACAGA